GCUCGACGGCCUGCCACCGAUCGCCUAAAAGAUUGUCCGCAUUGAGAUCGACAGUAUGACCUUUUUACUCGUAUAUAAAAACCGACGACGAGGAAAAGGACUCCCUCUCUAUUCGCACUCUAGACAUCCUCCAACCCAUCUCUAAGUCUAAUCUCAGCAUCUCUUGUCGACCUCCACGUCUCAAAGGACACACACAUACUGUACCCAACCAUGGGCUCCAUAUCUGUCGAGCAACCACUUGCUCCUCCACCCUCCACCACAACCUAUAACAUCGCCUCGAUCCCCGCCGACGGGAUCGGCCCUGAAGUCAUCUCAGCCGGCAUCCGUGUACUCAACACUCUAGCCCAGACAUUCUCGACGUUCAAGUUUAACUUCACACACUUCGACUGGUCGAGCGACACCUACCUCCAGACGGGCAAAUACAUCCCAGACGGCGGGCUGGACGAGCUACGCAAAUUCAAAGCCAUCCUCUUCGGUGCCGUCGGCGACCUGCGCGUCCCCGACCACAUCUCCCUAUGGGGACUCCGUCUCGCCAUCUGCCAACCAUUACAACAAUACGCCAACGUCCGCCCGACGCGCAUCCUCAAGGGCGUCACAUCCCCUUUGUCCUCGUGUCAGGGCAGCGAAGCCGCCACCAAGAAGCUCGACUGGGUCAUCAUCCGUGAGAACAGCGAGGGCGAGUACGCCGGCCAAGGCGGCCGCUCGCACGUCGGACAAGCAUGGGAGGUUGCGACCGAAGUUUCCGUCUUCACGCGCCACGGUGCCGAACGACUGCUCCGAUUCGCGUACGAGACGGCCCGGUCUCGGCCGCGCAAGAAGUUGACCUUCGUGACCAAGUCGAACGCCCAGCGCAACGGCAUGGUUCUGUGGGACGAGGUCCAGAAAAUCGUGGCCAAGGACUAUCCAGACGUCGAGACGGAUAAGAUGCUCGUUGACGCGAUGACAUGCCGGAUGACCCUGCAGCCCGAGAGUAUCGACACCGUGGUCGCGACGAAUCUGCAUGCAGACAUCCUGAGUGAUCUGGCGGCUGCGUUGGCGGGAAGUAUUGGUAUCGCGCCGACGAGUAACCUCGACCCCACGAGGAAGAACCCGAGUAUGUUCGAGCCCAUUCACGGCUCGGCCUGGGAUAUUGCGGGCAAGGGCGUGGCGAAUCCAGUGGGAACGUUCUGGACUUGUGCGGAGAUGGUUAGGUGGCUUGGGCAGGAGGAGGCUGCGGAUUUAUUGAUGGAGGCGGUGGAAAAUGUUCUUGGUCAGGGUGUGAAGACGAGAGAUCUAGGUGGGAGUGCCGGCACCGAAGAAGUCACCGACAAGAUUUGUGAAGAAAUUCAACGCAUAGGCAAGACGUCGAAAUGAAAGCAGGAAAGGGCUCAGACGACAAUUACGCAAGCCAUAUGUAUCUACUCUCUUCCAGGCUCAAAGACAGCCAUCUCUCUCCACCCGCUCCCCUCGCCUGCGGUCUCAAACCCAACUUUCCACUGCUCCAAGCCAAAGACCUUUGUGUCAGGCACUUCGAACCUCAGCCGUCCACUCUCCACCAGCGAGAUCAGCCUCUUGACCGCAUCACGCUCAUACAUGAAUUUCCCGC